AUGCUAGAAUUCGACCAAAUCGACCUACCCAGCAGUAGCAAUACCCCUAGCUCAACACCAAGUCCUGCUCUCACUGAAUUCACUUCUUCUCCCGGCGGAAAAUCAAAAUCUCUUCGAAAAUCCGGAAAACCAUAUCAAUUUGUCCCGAGUGCAUGUCAAGUGUGCUAUGGAAAAGCUACAGGACAUCAUUAUGAUGUUGCGUCCUGCAAUGGUUGCAAAUCGUUUUUUCGUCGUGUGACAAUCGAAAAAUUGCAAUACAAAUGUAGCGUGGGAAUGAAGUGUUAUGAAGACUUCAAACCCGGUGAUCAAAUCCCAAAAUGCCGAGCGUGUCGGUAUAAACGGUGUGUGGAAACAGGAAUGAAUCCGUUGGGUAUCCAGUCGGAAUUGAGGAAAAUGAGUGAGAGCUCAUCAAUGGAAGAAACGGGCUCCGGAAAGGAGAUAGUGGUUUUGCCAAGGAUUGUGGAACCCCCGAAGUCAAUCGAAGCACAGGUAGCAGAUCUUAUCAAACACUUGGUUCAUCUCGACUUGAAGACAAAUGCAUUUCGAGAUUGUUCUUAUAACCCAGUGGAUUUUCCAACAUUGAAAGAGGCAAUCAAAGAAGAUGUAUCGAUUAUCGGAUUUGGUGACCGGUUUGGACCUAUGCCUGGCUGGCCCCUAAGCCCUGAAACCAUCGAAGAAGCGCGAAAACCUAAUCCGAUUCCUGGAACCCGGAAAGUCUUACCUCCCAAUGUAAAAAGAUGGGUUAUGUAUGACUUGCUCACGAUUGUUGAAAUGGCCAAGACAUUCGACUUUUUCACGAAGCUCUCCGAAAAUGAUAGGUACUACCUAUGUCGUGACACCACUCUCAUGGUAUCCAACUUGACACGCGCUUUCUUCUGUGUUGAAAAUAAAACUGACCAAUUAAUCCGAUCAGACGGACAAACAACAAUGGCAACGCCUCCGAAGUGGCUACCAAAGGAGUAUAUGGAUAAGCUGAUAUUUGAUAUCAUGAAGAGAGCCAUAAAGACAUUGAUCCGGAUGAAAUGCACAAAAAUUGAAUUCUUGUUGCUAAGAGCGAUAUUGUUGUGUAAUGCAGCCGCCCCAGACAUCUCCAACUCCGCUCGAACCAUCCUCUCUACCGAGCGUGCCAAAUAUACAGUAGCCCUUCUCAACUACACCAUGGCUAACCAUGGACCAGAGGGACCCGGUCGAUUUGCAGAAAUUCUGAAUGUGAUUGAUGUUUUGGAAAGGCAACAGAAGGACCAAAGAGAUGUGAAUGUUUAUAUUUGUCUGUACCGACCGAAGCAUGUGAAAUUGCCUCUGUUGGAUGAUGUCAUGAUGAUUUGUUAG